GAGUUCCGGGGACAGUAUGAUGCGUUGCCAUCUUGGUUUUUUGCAACCAUGGCAACAGGUCGAUCGCUAACGUUUAUCACCUUUGUUGGAGCUGUGGUAUGAUCCAGCUUGAGUGUCAACUUGGCCUGUGAAAGAGAUUUAAAAACAAAAAGGGAACAAGUUGGUAAAGCGUCAAACACGACCCUACAUAGCGAGCUAAAUUGUCGCUAGCUAGGUAGCUACAGAUGUUACUGAGGACAGAUGCUUGUUCCUUAUUACCUGUGGACUACCUAGACUAAUGUUAGCUAGCUACGUUCACUAAAUAAUUUACAUUUAACGUUUGCCAGUUCGCAAAUGUUAGGUUCCGCGCUCAUACAAGCUAACGUUCGCUACAAAGCUAUGAAACGCGUGCUACCAGGAUAGCUAGUCAGCCAGAUAGGCGAUUGGCGUUGAAGUUAACGUCUGAGGGAGCUUUGCUCGUAAGUUAGGUAGUCUAAUGUUACCUUACAGCUAGAUAUAAUAGCUAGGUUGGCUUACUGAAUAGAAAGGAUGGCAAGCAACGGUACAAAAUUGGUGCCGCUGUUCGGCAAUGGUCGCGGUGAUUGCGGGUCCAGUGACAUCCACCUGUUCAGAAGCAUGGAACCUCUUGGCCCAGUCGCAAGAUGUAGGAAUUUGAGGCUUGCUGUAGGAAAACUUUCAGUAGCACCCAAAAUAACACAGACGUUCGCAAAGAGGACGGGAAACCUAGAGACUCGGUCAUUACAAGACAAGUCAAAAGAAAUUAACGGAUUGGAACGCAGUUGUAUUGUAGAAGGGUCCACAUACUCCUCAUUCCUAUCAAGAGAUCAUGAUCCGAAAAUGACAAGACUUGGUAUUGAACAGAAUAUUCCAGAUAUAGAUGUCUCCGGGAGGAAUUUUCUGUUUGACGCGAGGUGGACAGGGCAACGAACCGAUUUCAAGUAUGAUUUCAGAGAGAGAAGGUUACCCAAGCCAAAUUCUUUCAUACCACCUCUUCCUCGGGAUUACCAGGUUCACAGAUCCAACGACAUAAAUAGAUUCAUGCUACACAAAGAACUUUCCCACAGUCCUUCCAAGCCAUUUUCCAUCAGCUCCUAUGAAGGAUAUGAUCUUACUUCAGUUCCAGCAAUGGUGUUGCCAGUUACUGUCCAGUCAUUAUGCGGAAAGCCCAGUUUUUCAUCUGACACUCACAUAAACAGACCCAGAGGUAAUAAUCAAACGUCUGGUCUGUUUAGAAUUGGUGCCAGUAAGAAAUCUUACGCGUACACGGAUCCCGUCUGCGGCGCCUCGGCCUCCUUUGUGGCGAGGCUGUCGGAGAUGGCUUCCCUGGAGGGCGAGACCAUGCGACAGGAGAACCUUAAGAAGCUGAAGAGGACCAAGAGAGCGGAGUCUUAACCGCCCUGUCUUACCGGCCAAAAGGGAUCCAGUGCGGUGUUACGGGAUUUGUGCAGUGCCAAAGUGAAACAUUUUCUAGAAAACAAAAGGAAGAAUUGUAUUUUUUUGUAAUAAUAUGUGUUUAUUACAUUUGUGUGUAUAAGCAUAAUGCUUUGCCUGAAUUGUGCAUUCGAGUAAAUCAAUAUGCUGGUGUGCAUGGGUGUUGUGUUUGUCUCGUUUUUCUGUAGUUGCCUUUCUUUAGCAGAAUCUUUUGUCCGCACUGUAUUAUAUGCAGUAUUGAUGGGGAAAUUGCUGUGUCGCUAACUGCUUCAAAAAUGAACUGCUAUAUCCACAUUGUCUCAUUAUAAAGACCCCUUUGACUAGA